GCUGCGGGGCCGGCUCCCGCCGCGAGCUAUGGGGCUGCCGGCCGCGUAGGGGCCAUGCCGCCCGGGCCCCGGGCCUGUCCCGCUCCGCGCCGGGAUGGUGAACCUGGCGGCCAUGGUGUGGCGGCGGCUCCUGCGGAAGAGGUGGGUGCUCGCCCUGGUCUUCGGGCUCUCGCUCGUCUACUUCCUCACCAGCACCUUCAAGCAGGAGGAGAGGGCAGUGAGAGAUCGGAAUCUCCUCCAGAUUCAAGACCAUGAUCAGCCCAUCCCAUGGAAAGUGCAGUUUAACUUGGGCAACAGCAGUCGGCCCAGCAACCAGUGCCGGAACUCCAUUCAAGGGAAGCACCUCAUCACGGAUGAACUUGGUUACGUUUGUGAGAGGAAAGAUUUGCUGGUAAAUGGCUGCUGUAACGUCAACGUCCCUGGCACAAAGCAGUACUGCUGUGAUGGCUGCUUGUCCAAUGGCUGCUGCAGCGCCUAUGAGUACUGUGUCUCCUGCUGCCUGCAGCCCAACAAGCAACUUCUCCUGGAGCGCUUCCUCAACCGGGCAGCUGUGGCAUUCCAGAACCUCUUCAUGGCAGUCGAAGAUCACUUUGAAUUGUGUUUGGCUAAAUGCAGGACCUCAUCCCAGGCAGAUAUGAGAAUACUUUUUCUUCUUGAAAGCAAUCCUCUGAUGGACAUCCUUCUAUGUGAUAUAUAGGCCUAUCUAAUAAUUUUUAGUGACCACCUGGUGUCAGUUUCAUGGAUAUACCGUAAUGUUAUUAAUCCCAGCUGAGGUCAUUUAGCUUAUUACUGUUCUUUUUUUCUUUUUUGGCUGCUACAAAUAAUGCACUGAUGAUAUGCUUUCACGUACACAUUUGUAUGUUUAUUUGAGAAUGAUUUUCACCAAUUUAUACUCCCACCUAAACUAUGUGGGGAGUGGGACUUCCCCGGUGGUCCAAUGGUAAGGGAUCCGCCUUACAAUGCAGGGGACGCAGGCUUGAUCCCUGGUCAGGGAACUAAGAUUCCACAUGCCAUGGGGCAACUAAGCCUGCGCGCCACAACUACUGAGCUCACAAGCCUGAACUAAAGAGCCUGCGUGCCGCAAACUACAGAGCCCACACACCCUGGAGCCUGUGUGCCACAACUAGAGAAGAGAAAACCCCCACGCCACUACUAGAGAGAAGCCCGCUCACCACAACGAAAGAUCCCAUGUGCCGCAGCUAAGACCUGACACAGCCAAAAAUAAAUAAAAUAAAUAAAGUAUGCGGGGAGUGUCUUUUGUCAUAUACCUAAGAACCCCUUGGUAUCAUUUUUUAACUCUUUUUGCUAAUGGAUCUCUAUGUUCUAAUUGAUAUUUAAUUUCUUCCCAUAUUUUGAUUGGGUGUUUAUCUUUCACAUGUGGUAAACUGCUCUUCUUGACCUUGGCCAGUUUUUCUUUUGUUGGUCUUUUUCUUAUAUCUUCACUGAAGGAGCUCUUAAACCCCUUUUCUUGUUUUUUUUCAACCCUGCAUUACUCAGAAUCAAGUGGCUCACUUGUUAACUAACUUUUCCAAUUGAUCUAGGGCAGCAAAUGGGGGCAGUUUUGCCCCCAGGGAACAGUUGGCAACGUCUGAGACAUUCUUAUCACAACUGAGGGCAGGUGGUAUGUGUAGUGGGUGGAGCCCACCACUGCGCCCUCGACACAGUCAUCCAGCUCCAUGCAUCAGCAGUGCCGGCCGAGGCAGAGAGGCCCUACUCUCGGGUCACAUUUUACCCCCUUCGGUUAAACAGAAAAACUACCAGGAGCUGAGAGCAGACUUGAUUAUUUUGCUGCCCUUGCCUUCUGCCGUGGGCAAAGUGCUGCUGAUUAAAUUACCCUGGAAUCCCAUAGGACGUGCUGCUUCCUCCCUAGUCUCUACCAGCCCAGUGCUGCCUCCAGGAAUGGCAUUGUUACUCUGCGGCAGCGUCCCUCGUGUGCUGACCCAAUCCAAGUGCAGACACCCUCCCGUGGGCAGAAUGACCAGGUUUACAGAGAGCCCUCUCCCCUCCUGGCAGAUCUGCCCUCCCCAUCCCCCUACAGUAGCUCUUUGCAAGGAGGGCCUUUGGGGGUGGGGCGAGGGGAAAUGAGUCACUACAGAUGCCAUUUGGAAAACUGGUCAUUCUACUCUAAAAAGGUACCACAUAAGUAAGUAGUGAUAAUUAAAAGAAAAAAGAAGCCAGUGGGAUUGUGAGAGUUUUUUCCUACGCAGCACUUUUCCGGACUCUGUGGCAUCAGUGCAUUGCCUUCCGGGCCCUUUGCCUGUGCAGACUCUUGUUGCAUAGUGUGUUGUCAUGGUGUGAGGACAGUUUUGGGUACUGGGAUCCCCGUUUUCGCUCAGUCACAUGUCUGCAACAUUCAAUGUCCAGUCAGCUUACACAGACACGAAGAGGAACAGGUGGCCCCCGAGGGCCUGAGUGGGGAACAACAGGGGUUGUGUUUGUGCGGCCAGCUCUGUGUCCCAGCAGCCCCUCGCCACGUACCUUCAGUUGUACAACUUGAUUCAUGUCUGCUGUUAGAGUUGAACUGCUGGACUUUUUAAAAAUAGAAGUACACCCUUUAAUAUUAUAAUAAAACAACUGGCCAGUUACAACUAGCGGGCCCUGCAGUCAGUCAAAUGUUUGGACAGGGGUCCAGCUGUAUUGUUUCUCAGGACUGCACAGUCUGUGGGCUCGGAGGAACCAAAACAUAUCACUGCUAGAAAGGCAUUUUAUUUCUAAGUGGGUACUUUCCUGGUUUUUGGUAGGAUCAGUAGUUCCUCAGGUCUUUGGACUUUCUAAAUUCAUACUUUUUUUAUGCAGCAUAGAGUAGGCAAGCUCUGGUCAGCUUACAUCUGGGUUAUCAAAAUCAGAAGUGUUUGCUAAAUGAGAAAAAGUGGUGUUGGCUAUCAGUUAAAUUCAAGAUUUCAGACUAUGUUGGUCACAUGUCACUAUUACUGAGGAGGAGUGUGUAUGUUUAUAAGUGUAACAGCAGAAUGAAGUCUGUGAGUAGCAUCCUAAUUUUACUGAUGAGAGCACAGGCAUUAAUGACCUUGAGUAAAUUAACCUCUUCUGGCUUUGGUUUCCUUAUUUGUCAAAGGAGGGUGAUUGCUAAGGUAUCUUGCAGAUCCAAAAUUCUGAUUUUUGUGCCAAAGAUCCUGCCGCGUGUUAAAGCAAGACCAGAGCGCAGCGACUUGGUCUUUGGCUUUGAUUUUCACAGGGUAAGUGGAGACCAGCCAUCUGGAGCCUGUUUUCUUCAAAUCAGGGCUUCCCCUUCUCUCUUGAAAAUUUCAACUGGGGCUCACCAUUUUUUGCCUUUUUCU